GAUUUUGAACUUUGAAGCAAGUUUUGGUACACAGGUGUGGCUCUCUCUCCUCUCCGAGCUCAUGUUACCAACCUGAGGGCUUGUGAAAGCUUGCAUCCCUAACUUUUGCUUUUAACAUCGGCCGCCGGCAUCGUUACAUGUCAGCCAGGUGACUGCGCAGCCUACAGUAGGACACCAUGGAGUCGUCUGUGCUGAACCUGCACAACCAGUUCCAGAGUCUGAGGGCCCAUGCAGACGUCCUGAAUGAGGGCAUUGAACCACAGUUCAUCCAGAUGGCGAUGAACUUUGAGGAGUGCCGUAAGAAGUGGCUGCAGGUGGCUGAGGACCUGGGUGCCUGUAAGGAGGUGCUGGCUAAAGCAGAGACUGAGAGGGGAGCCCUAGAGGUCAAGCUAAAGCACGCUCGCAACCAGGUGGAUGUUGAAAUCCGACGUCGGCAGAGGGCUGAGGCAGACUAUGAGAAGCUGGAGCGCCAGCUGCAGCUGAUCCGGGAGCUUCUGAUCUCAGAGAACAACAGCAGCAGUGUCCAUCUGAGUGAAGAGCAGCGCUCUGCGUUGGCCUUCCUCAGCGCCCACUCACAGGCAGCACAGGCAUCUAAAGCUAAUCUCAACUCCAGCCGCAGGUUAACCACCAUUGAUGAAUCAGCCUCCUUGCUGUCAGACAUCAGCUAUGAUCAAACAGAUGACUCUCUGGACUGGGACACCUCUGUGAUGAAGAAUGUGAGACUGCGGAAACGCCAGAAAAGACGCUCCUCCAGAAAAAUUUUGGAGGUUCCCCCACAGGCUGUGAAAAAACCUCGCUCCACUGGACGCACAUCAGAGAGGAUGAAUGAGUCUGUGGUUGCCAAGACAACCAUCACUGUCCCUGUCAAUGGUGGUCCUGUGGAAGCUGUGUCCACCAUAGAGACAGUGCCUUACUGGACACGCAGCAAGAGGAAGAGUGCUGCUCCAGUGUGGGGUGACACAACCACUACUGAUCAAUCUGAGACUACCAGCGAGGCUCCCAGCACACCAGCCACAGAAGCGCCGCCUCCAUUUAAAACCCCCAAAGCCAAUGGGAAUGGAAAGAAACACCAGUUCAUCCCCAAAACAGUGAUCCGGUCAGAGUUCUGUGUACCAUGUGGGCGAAGAACCAAAUUUGGUAAGGUGUACCUACGGUGCCAGGAUUGCAGGGUUGUGACCCAUCCGGAGUGUCGUGACCGUUGCCCCGUGCCAUGCAACCCUAUUGCUAUUAGCACCCCCAUCAGGGAUGCAGAGAGCACCCUGGCUGACUUUGCUCCAGACACCGCCCCCAUGAUCCCAGCCCUAGUGAUCUACUGCAUAAAGGAGAUUGAACACAGGGGACUACAUGAGGUCGGCCUGUACCGUAUCUCUGGCACCGAGCGCUUGGUCAAAGAACUGAAGGACAAGUUACUUCGAGGGAAGACUCUGCCUUCCCUUAGUAAAGUAGAGGACAUCAAUGUCAUUACAGGUGUUCUCAAAGAUUUCUUAAGGAAUCUUCCGGAGCCACUGCUCACCUUCCACCUCAACAAAGCCUUUAUGGAUACAGCUGAAAUCCCGGAUGACGACAACAGUCUAGCCAUGUUGUACCGGGCCAUCAGUGAGCUGCCCCAACCCAACCGAGACACCCUGGCCUGCCUGAUGAUCCACCUGCAGAAGGUGUCCCAGUGUGUGGAUACCAAGAUGGAUGUGAACAAUCUGGCCAGAGUGUUUGGCCCUACCCUUGUGGGUCAUGCCGUUCCCAACCCAGAUCCCAUGACCAUUCUACAAGACACCAGCAGACAGCCAAGGAUCAUAGAACGCUUGCUGAGUAUCCCAUCAAGCUAUUGGAGCCAGUAUGCCCAUCCAGAAAUAACAGCCAUGGACAACGCUCAACAUAUGAAUACCCCAGACCACAAAGUGAGCAUUUUGGGACCAGUGACCACUCCAGAGCGCAUGAUGACCAAAACACCCUCCUCCAGCUCGUUGUCCCAGCGCAUGAUGCAAACCCUCUCCAGCACCACCAUAUUUGGGAGCAAGAAUAAACCUUCAACUACCUCCAGUCGCCAGGUCAGCUUCUUCGCUUCUCCACAGCUGAAGUGAUGGCAAAAAGAGACUCACCUGUAAUGUAAUUUUUGAUUAUUUUCUGCAAUAACAGACAGUUUUAUACAUUUACAUAAUCGUGUGGUGAAACUAAUGUGCAAUUUUAGCGUUUAACCAUUUUAUAACACUGUCUUUUGUAUUCCUAUUGUAUGUAAUAGCCUUUUUCUUGAUUUUUCCUUUGAAAAGAGAUGCAUGCAUUAUAUGUAUUUUUUAUUUUAUUUUAUUUUAUUUUUAAAUCUUUGAUUACUAAUGACUUUCACUGACCAAAACUGUAGUAACAUCUGUGUGACUGUGAUAAGGUUGUAAGGGCUUUAUGACCAAAUCUAAUUAAGGACCACUGUCUGCUAUUUUGUGUUGAAGAUGAUGAAGGUCCAACUUGGCAUUCCUUGGUAUUAGUGCAUCUUUAGUCCUGUGGUUAUCACCGCAGAGACAGAGGUGUUCUGUUUGUGACUCUGGUUGCCUCAUCAUUUUCUGGGAAACUCCCAUCUUAUGUGUUUUUGUGAUUUUUACCUCUUGUUCUAUAUUUAUGUUGAUGUGAAUCUUGUAUGAUGGCAGAUAAGGUAUGCAGAUCAUAACAGUUUAUAAUAUCUGGUUAUUUUUUACAGCUAUGCAAUGUGAACACUGACACUGAAUGAGAAUUGUCUUGCAUUUUGCACUCUUUUCUGUAGGACCAUCCUUGUAGAUGUAUUUUCUGCCUGAGAAUAUAUACCACAAGAGGU